AUGACCUCCGAAGAACCUAUUGAUGCCGUUGCCAAAAGCCCUGAAGCCAAAAAAACCGAUGACUGUGCGAAAUUCGCAGAAGAGUUACCAGAUACCAAAAAAGUAGUAAAUCACAUAGACAUAAGACAAAAACGAUCAGAAGAACUAAUGAGGCUUGUUUAUGAACUUCCAGAAGAAAUUAAAAAGCCCGAAUACCAUGAAAACAACAACAUGUUGAAAGAAAAUCCACCAAUCACGAUCGUUGAAUUCACAGAACAAAACGGUUGUGAAAGAGAGCAAGAGCGAACAUGUGAUGACAACGAUGUUUACCUCAAAGUGUGUGAUGGCUCUAGUCCAGAAGAUUUAGGAAAUAAGGUUGUGUUUGACGUAUUAGCUACAAAUGAACUUAUUAUGCAAUGUGCCGAUGAAUUUAAAGAGGUCAUAGAGCGAGCUUCACCUGAUGAUUGCACUGAUGAAGACUUAUUAGAGUUGAAAAAAAUAUUAGACAGUAAGCCAAAAGUUUUGGAGAGGUAUUUAAAGGAAUGUGCCGGCUCGGAUGAAGUGAAUAGGAUUCAUAAUAUAACAUCAUCCGGACCUUUGUCCCCAAGGCCGCGACACGAGGCACGAAGUACGUCAGUGACGUCAGAUCUGUUCCAGCUUUGGUUGUCAUCUUCACCGGUUAAGCGAUCGCGGUCACCCAGCGGAUCUGCCCAAAGACAGUUGGAUGAAGCUGAUCUCUUUAUGGACCUCAUUAAAGAUGUCGCCAAUGAAUUGGAUAUCGAUGUACUCUGUCACAAGAUACUUGUGAACGUGUGUUUACUGACGUCAGCGGAUAGAGGCAGCUUGUUCCUUGCAAAGGGUCUACCGCCGCAUAGAUAUCUUCAGGCUAAGCUUUUUGACGUCACCAGAGACACUGAACUGAAAGAGGCGUUACAAACAGCAAGGUCACAGGAGAUAAAGAUACCCUUCGGGGUAGGCGUGGCUGGUCUUGCAGCACAGACUAAACACCCCAUCAAUAUAAAGAAUGCUUACGCCGACCCUAGGUUCAACAGCGAAAUCGACGCACGAACGGGCUAUAAGACUGAGCUGAUAUUGUGCAUGCCCAUUUGUAACUACGAGGGUGAAGUGGUAGGGGUUGCACAGAUCAUCAAUAAAACUGAUGGCUCUAAAGAGUUUUCGACUCGGGAUGUAGAAGUUUUUCGUCGCUAUCUCACCUUCUGCGGUAUUGGUAUUCAAAACGCUCAAUUGUUUGAGUCGUCAAUCCUCGAGUACAAAAGGAACCAGAUUUUGUUGGCGUUGGCGAGGAGUAUAUUUGAGGAGCAGAGCAAUUUGGAAUGUCUCGUCACGAAAAUUAUGACGGAGGCGCGGGAGUUGCUCAAGUGCGAUAGAUGUGCUGUGUUUAUAUUAGAUACGGAUCACUGUGAAUCGAGUCAUUUAGAGAGGAUAGUCCAGCGACCAGGAGGCCGUCCUUCCACCACACCGGCUCUACCACCGCCAGCUCCCACGCGGUUCCAUACUCUCUUCGAGUUGGGAGCACACCAGUCUCGAACUACCCUCACACCUAGACACGAUUAUAGAUCGACUUUGGCUAGUAUUGCAUUAAAGGUAGCACAAUCAAAUAAAGCCCUCAACAUAUCUGAUUUGGAAGAAUGGAGAAAAGAGAAUGGUAUGUCUGUAACAGACGCUACCACUGAUGAUGCAGCUGGAGUAAGGACAAUGCUUUGUAUGCCUAUUGUUAAUGCAAAUAAAGACGUUAUUGGUGUGGCGCAGUUGAUCAAUAAGGAAAAUGGCAGUCAGUUCACAGACGGAGACAUUUCGAUAUUUGAAGCAUUCGCUAUAUUCUGUGGACUCGGAAUACAUAAUACGCAAAUGUAUGAGAACGCUUGCAAGUUGAUGGCUAAGCAAAAGGUGGCGUUAGAGUGCUUAUCUUACCAUGCCACUGCAUCAACUGAAGACACAAGUAAACUGUGUCAAGAUAUUAUACCUUCAGCGGAGACUUAUAACCUGUACAGUUUUCAGUUCCAUGACUUUGAUUUAUCUGACGAAGACACAUGCAGAGCUACACUUCGUAUGUUUCUACAGUGCAACCUAGUAGAGAAAUUCCACAUACCGUAUGAUGUCCUCUGCAGGUGGAUUCUCAGCGUGAAAAAGAACUAUCGUCCGGUAAAAUAUCAUAACUGGAGGCAUGCCUUAAACGUAGCCCAGACAAUGUUCGCUAUGCUCAAAACGGGCAAAAUGGAGAGAUUCAUGUCAGAUUUAGAGAUUUUAGGGCUUUUGGUAGCUUGUUUAUGCCACGAUUUAGACCAUAGAGGGACAAAUAAUGCAUUCCAGACUAAGACGGAGAGUCCCUUAGCAAUAUUGUACAGUACUUCAACAAUGGAGCAUCAUCAUUUCGACCAGUGUGUUAUGAUAUUGAACAGUGAGAGUAAUAACAUAUUCCAGGCUUUAUCUCCGGAUGACUACAAAGAUGUAAUGAGGGUAGUUGAAACGGCGAUUCUCUCUACAGAUCUCGCUAUGUAUUUUAAGAAGAAAUCAAAAUUUCUGGAACUCGUUGACAAUGGAGAGUUUGAUUGGCAGAGUCAAGAGAAGAAAGAAUUACUUUGUGGUAUGAUGAUGACGGCAUGUGACGUAUCCGCUAUCGCUAAGCCAUGGGAGGUCCAGCAUAAAGUAGCGAAGUUGGUGGCCGACGAGUUCUUUGACCAGGGAGACCUUGAGAAAUUACAGUUAAAUCAACAGCCAAUAGCCAUGAUGGAUAGGGAAAAGAAAGACGAAUUACCCCAAAUGCAGGUUGGCUUCAUAGACAUGAUCUGUUUGCCACUGUAUAAAGUUUUAUCAGACACAUUUCCAUGGAUCCAACCUCUGUACACUGGCACCAUGGAAAACAGGCAGCGAUGGCAAGAUUUGGCUGAAAAGGUGGAAAUGGGCCUCACUUGGAUUGACCAUGACACUAUUGAUAAGCCUAUCGAAGAAUUCACUGCAUCCAACGAGGCCAUAAAAGAUGUAGAGUUGACAGUGACAACUUUAAACUGUGCAAAACCUAUUCCCGAAAGCAGUAGCAUGGCACUUGUGAAACCCAUCAAGACAUCCUUCAAUUCGUUGAGAAGGGGCAAGAGUGGGAACUUCACUUCUAGACAAGCUAGAAGCAAACUUACCAGUCUACUGCAGAUCCCUCUACGUGGUACCAAGCAGUCAACGCGACGGCGAGAGAGAGAAGGGGAUAACGAAGAGGGAGACAAUCGCGACGGACACCAAUCACAAGGCAGCCGUCGAGACACAGAGCAAGACGAAGCAUAA